AUGGCCUUCGUGAGCCCCAGAGCUGAAGAGUCGAGAGCCGCAACGCUCGGCUCCCUUGCACCAGAUCAGGACAGCAGCAGCUUCACCUCAAAGAGCAUGAAGAAGCAGUGUGCCCGCCGGGAAGUCUUCUGUGGGAACACGUGCCACGAGCUCAAACGCUUUUGGGAACAGGAAAUUGGCAAGCAGACUUACUACCGGGAAUCCGAGGAGUACCGCCUAGGCAGAAGUGCCCUGAGAAGGCUCAGGGAAGAAUGGAGGCAGAAGCUGGAAAUGAAGCUGAGGCUGCGGAACCACACAGAGGAGGCUGAGGAGCAAGUACACCUCGGCUGA